AUGGUGAGAGCAAACAGAAGUAAAAGUGAGAAGCAUGUCGUUUUGACUUCUCCGCCUGUUUCAGCAAGAAAAUCGGACAGAUGGUCGGCUAUUGAAUCAGGAGACUAUCAAAGUGCUUGUAAGUCUUGAAUUUCCAUACAUAUUCGAAAAUAUUCUUCAAUUUGCAGCUCAAGUCCACUAUAAGACACCGGGAACUCCACACCCAAAAUUUGAUAAGGCUUACAAAAUCCAAAGAUUGAGCGAUGGAUUUCAAGUUAAUCGUGUUCUAUCAAAUCCUACUCCUAGUACCAAUCCCAAGAAAAACAAAAGAUCAUCUGAACAACAAGUCGAGCAACCAGCACAACCAUCAAAAAAGAAACAGAAGAGACUUCUUGAGGACACUAUAAUUUUGAACGAUUCGCCACUUCGCAAAUCUAUGGCCGCAUCCAAAAAAUCAGUUAAUAACUUGAAUAUAACGCAUACUAGACCAUCACAACAAGUUAUCGAACUCGAUGAUGAAAGUGAUGAAGACGAUAUUGUUCGAGUCAACAGCAAUGGUUCCACUUAUGAAAGAACAGUUGUAUUCGAUAAAGAUGUUGAAGAAGGUGAAGAAUUAGAAAAUGAAGACGAGGAAGAAAUGGAAGGAUUGGAUAGUGAUGAAGAUGAUGAGGAAGAAGAUGAGGAAGAACUCGAAGAAGAAGAAAUCGAUGAGAGUGAAAUGCGAAUUGAUCCAAAAGAUAUUGCUAAUGUUUGUUGUGAAAAUGAGCAUUGUCACGAAGGAAUGGAUGACGGUUAGUUUAAUUUUUUUUUUUAAUUAACAAUUAUUAUGAAAUACAUUUUCAGCAAGUGAUGAGGAUGAAGAAGAAAUGGAAGAUGAAGGAGAAUCUGAUGUUUCGGAAAUGGAUGCUGAAUCAGAUGAAGAAGCAUUCAUCAUUCGAGACAAAACUGUUGUUAUUGCUGCUAAUCAAAAAGACAAGACUAAGAAGAAAGGAAAGAGCAUGUUAACAACAAUUCUCAAAUCAUCCAAAAUUGAUUUUGAUGAUUUCCCAUUCUCUGACGUUGAUUCGACUGUUACUGCUUCAAAAGCGUUCAGUUUCAUGAUUUCUGGUUGCGAUGUUCAAACAUUUUUCGGUCAAUUCUACCAACAAAAUGCUCUUGUUAUCAGCCGCAAAAAUGCCAACUAUUAUGGUAAUUUGUUUUCGACAAGCCGAUUUGUUGAAUUGAUUGAAAACAAGCAUUUGGAAUACGGGACCAAUAUAAAUGUUGCCGAAUAUAAAAAUGGUGUUCGAACCACUUUGAAUGGACAAGGAAAAGUUUAUGCUCAAAUCAUUAAGCAACACCUCAAUGCUCUUCGAUCUGUUCAAUUAGUCAAUCCGCAAACAUUCGAUGAUCGAAUUUGGUAUUUUUGCGAAGUUCUUCAAGAACUUUUUGGUUGUUUUGUUGGAGCCAACACAUAUCUCACACCAGCUGGAAGUUCCGGAUUUGCUCCACAUUGGGAUGAAAUUGACGCGUUCCUUCUCCAAGUCGAAGGUAGAAAAUAUUGGCGAGUUUGGGCUCCACAAAAUGAUUCUGAAGAAUUGCCACUUGAAUCAAGUGGAAAUUUCAAUGAGGAAGAUAUGAAGAAAAGAAAACCAGUGUUUGAGGGAUGGAUUGAAAGCGGUGAUAUGUUAUAUAUUCCAAGAGGAUUUAUUCAUCAAGCUAAAACCGAUGAAAAUGUUCAUUCAUUGCAUGUCACAAUUUCGACUGGAAGAAGAUGGAGUUUUACUGAUUUGAUGGAGAAAGUUGUAAGUUUUUCCGGAAUUCGACAACAUUAAUAAUAAUUUAUCAAAUCCAGGUUCCUCAAGCAAUCACUUCUCUCUCAACAGUUCGUUCAAAAUUGCGUCGUGGACUUCCAAUUGGUCUUCUUGAUAUGGGAGGUGUUCUUGAUAUCAAUUAUCCACUUUCGGAACAAUAUGCUGAUCAAUUCCAAAUUGUUCUUGAUCGACAUAUGAGUAUGCUUCGCAAUUUCAUAGCUGAUCAAGCGAUGGAUAGUGCUGUUGAUAUGAUGGGAAAAGAAUUCAUGAAACAAGCAUUACCACCAAGACUUACAGAUGAAGAGAAAAAGUAUAGCGUUGUUGGGGCUUCGGAAGAUAUUCUUGGAGACGAUCUUGUUGAAUUCAAUAAAAAUACCAAGAUUCGAUUUGUUCGAAGACAUACUCAAAGGUAAUUUUUGUUUUUUUCAAACUAAAUUUGAAAACAGUUUAAGAGUGGAAUCUGAGAAAAAAAUAGGUUAUGCUCUUUUGAAAGAUCGUGCUCUAAUUAGUAGAAAUAUCGCAGGAUUUUUUUCUGGAGCAUCAGUUUAUUUUUUUUUCUCAAGCAUCAGUUUAAAAAAUUCAAAGUUCGAAAAAAUCCGGUUUUUAGAAAAUUUGUCAAUGGAGACGAACUUUUGAAUUAAUAUUAAUUCAAAUAAAUCGAUUUUCAUGUCAGACUCCACCUUUAAAACAUUAUUUAUUUCAGACUUGUCAUGGAAAGUGAAGAAGAAUGUUUCAUUGCUCAUCGUAUGACAAAUUCUCGCCUUUUCGAAGGUCGCCCGGAAGAAACUGUUGAAUUUUCAUUUGAAGCAAUCGGUGUCUACACACAUCUGUAUGAUGCAUAUCCAGAAUGGCGUACACUUGAUGAAUUGUUCACAUCGAAAGAUACGGAAGAUGUUCCACGCAAGACCCAAUUGGCUGCCGUCCAAAAAUUGUUCCAAAUUGGUGUUCUUUUAGUUAAAAACUAA